AGUUCUCUUUAGUGUUUGCCAAUGUUGGAGGUGUAACUGGGGUCUGGCCCUGGACAAAGGAAUAGAGCAUGGCUCAAGUGAAAGUACAGACCUCAGCGCCCCUGGCUGGUCCUGGCCUCUCCCCCGGAGUUCCCCCGACGGCCAUGGCCAGCGCAGGAUCUCUGGGUCUGCAGCCCUCCGUCAACGGCACAGGCCCGGCCCCCACACCCGCCUGCCCUGCUCCUGCAGUCGGAUAUGGGGACGCCCCUGUGUCUGCCUCACCGCCAGGCCCGCCCCAGGAGAACAUGGCAAACCCUAAAGAGAAAACUCCAAUGUGUUUGGUGAAUGAGUUAGCCCGUUUCAACAGGAUCCAACCACAGUACAAGCUCCUCAAUGAGAGAGGUCCUGCACAUGCUAAGAUCUUCACAGUGCAGCUGACUCUUGGGGAGCAGGUGUGGGAGGCAGAGGGCACCAGCAUUAAAAAGGCCCAGCACUCCACAGCUGCCAAGGCACUGGCUGAGAGCGUCCUUCCCAGGCCAGCGCCCCGCUCCCCUAAAGUUGACGUCAACAGCAACCCAGGCAGUAUAACACCCACAGUGGAGCUCAAUGGUCUGGCCAUGAAGAGGGGCGAGCCAGCUAUCUACAGGCCUUUGGAUCCCAAGCCCAUGCCCAACUACAGAGCUAAUUACAACUUCAGAGGGAUGUUUAACCAAAGGUACCAUUAUCCUGUUCCUAAGAUCUUCUAUGUGCAGCUGUCUGUGGGGAGUCAUGAGUUUAUUGGUGAGGGACGCACCCGCCAAGCAGCCAGACACAACGCUGCCAUGAAGGCCCUGCAAGCCCUGCGCAAUGAACCCAUCCCUGAACGGCCACCACAGAACCCAGAGGAGAAAGGGGAGACCGAGGAAGGCACCGACGCCAGCAAAUCAGAGAUCAGCCUGGUCUAUGAAAUUGCCCUCAAGAGGAACUUGUCUGUUAAUUUUGAGGUGUUGAAGGAGAGCGGCCCUCCACACAUGAAAAGCUUCCUGACUCGUGUCACCGUGGGGGAGUUUUCUGCCGAGGGCGAGGGCAACAGCAAGAAGCUGUCCAAGAAGCGCGCUGCUCUGUCCAUCCUGCAGGAUCUAAAGAAGCUGCCCUUCAUACCCACUGUGGAGAAACCCAAGACGCACUACAAGAAACGAACUAAGACCAUCCUCAAGACGGGACCAGACUAUGGCCAGGGCAUGAACCCAAUCAGCCGUCUAGCCCAGAUCCAGCAGGCCAAAAAGGAGAAGGAGCCCGAGUACUUGCUGCUCUCUGAGAGAGGGAUGCCCCGGCGUAGGGAGUUCAUCAUGCAGGUUAAGGUGAAUAACGAGGUUGCCACGGGAACAGGACCUAACAAGAAAGUGGCCAAGCGGAACGCAGCAGAGGCCAUGCUGCUACAGCUGGGAUACAAGGCCUCUACAGUCCCUCAGAACCCCACCGAGAUGGACAACAAAGGCUGGAAUGGACAAAAGGCGUCUUUUACCGAAGCGACAAGUAACACCCAGAAGGGUCUGCUCCACCUCAGCCCCGACGUCUAUCAGGAGAUGGAGGCCAGUAGAAAGCAGGGUGGCAGCGCUCCGGGCUCCGGUGGCAGCAGUGGCGGCUCCGUCAACUACAUGACCUCCAAAGACAUGGGGCCCUGCUCUGCCCCGCUGCCCCCAGGACACCCUCCUUAUUACAGCGGCUCAUCCUCCUCACCCAGCCCGACCGCCACCAUGGCCAGGGAGCUGCUGCUCAAUGGUCAGUCGCCCACAGCCGAUGCCUCACUGCCCAUGAAGGGGAAAAACCUGGCCUGUGGCGUCUCGGUGCAGCCAGCACAGCAGCUGGACUACCUGGCUCGCAUCCAGGGCUUCCAGGUGCAGUACAGUGAUGCGCAGAGUGGUAAGGAUUUUGUGACCUAUCUGACCCUCUCCCCUGUGCAAAUGACUUUCCAUGGCACCGGGAGCACCCUCCAAGCCAGCCAUGACCAGGCUGCUCUAAGUGCCUUGAAACAGCUGUCGGAGCAGGGACUGGACCCGGUGGAUGGCCCCAUCAAGACCAGUGAACCAUGUGGGAGGGAGGAAGGACAUUAAACAGACUAACUCAGGCACCACCACUCAGGUCUGCAAGGAUUCAAAGGCUGUCGUCUAGGAGCUGACAACCCCGAUCCCCUCCUUCAACAUACACAAACCCGGCAAACCCUGAUUCCCCUAUAACCUGCAAACCCC